GCGGUAUUUGUCAUACUGGCCUGGUUGACCCUGCCCUGUGUCUCGCGUAUUCGCAGCUUCAUCGCUCAGUAUAUAAAGGAGGGAGCGACGGAGAGAGGACGGCUGGACAGCGCAGCCCUUGGGAUUAGAAAUAAGCGGCUAGUACACUGUUUUAAUUUAUAUUAUACCUUUUAAAUGAGUUAAUUUUAAUCUUUAGAAUUCUAGAUUUUAACAAGCUGCGUUUUUAUUUGUUUUUGCUGUUCGUUUUCUAGAUUUUUUUUUUUUUUUUUUUUUUUUAACUCGGCAUUAAUGGCGAGCUCGGCUAACUCAAACCCAGUGCCUAAAUUAUACAGAUCUGUGAUUGAAGAUGUAAUAAAUGAUGUCCGAGAACUCUUCCUUGAUGAAGGCGUGGAUGAGCAAGUGCUUUUGGAACUUAAGACGUUAUGGGAGAACAAAUUAAUGCAGUCCAAAGCUGUUGAUGGGUUUCACACUGAAGAGCAGCAGCUGUUACUGCAGGCACAGGCACAACAACAGCAGCAGGUGAAGCAAGCCCAACAACAGUCCCAGCAGCAGCAGGUCAUUAUUCCACCAAGCCAAGCAACACAGCAACAGGUUAUUGUGCAAGAUCCAAAAAUAUUACAACACAUGAAUGCCACAGGAAUGAAUAGCUGUGUGAUUCAGAGUGGGAGAAGGAAUCUGACCAGGCACAUCACAAGCCAGCCUGAUGGCCUUGUAGGAUAUAUGAGUGCAGCAGCCACUGCAGCAACACUGGCAUUGCCCUCAGGUGUCACUCCCUAUCAACAGCUGAUUACAAAUCAAGGCCAGAUCUUGCAGGUUGUUAGAGCCCCAAAUGGUACCCAGUAUAUUAUCCAGCCACAGCAACAGGUUCUCUUGCAACAGCAGGUUAUACCACAAAUGCAGCCUGGUGGCGUGCAGGCACCUGUUAUACAACAGGUACUGGCUCCAAUCCAAGGAGGCAUCCCACAGCAAACAGGUGUGAUCAUCCAGCCUCAGCAGAUUGUCAUUGCAGGAAACAAGGUUCCUCAAAAUGCACAGGUUAUGCAGGCAGCUACCAUGGUAGCUGCUGCAGCACAGGCUGGACAGAAUGUUGCACAGGUCCAACAGCAACAGCAGCAGCAGCAGCAGCAGCAGCAGCCACAGCCACAAAUGAUGCUACAAGUUGAUGGGGCUGGAGACACAUCCUCGGAAGAGGAAGAGGAAGAAGAUGAAUAUGAUGAAGAUGAGGAAGAUGACAAGGACAAAGAUGUGGGGGAGGAUGGACAAGUAGAAGAGGAGCCAUUAAACAGCGAAGAUGAUGUUAGUGAUGAAGAAGGACAAGAGCUGUUUGAUACAGAAAAUGUGGUUGUUUGUCAAUAUGAUAAAAUUCACAGAAGUAAGAACAAAUGGAAAUUCCACCUCAAAGAUGGCAUCAUGAAUCUAAAUGGAAGAGAUUAUGUAUUUUCAAAAGCCAUUGGGGAUGCAGAAUGGUAACUGUUUCUGGUAUUUUAUUGUAAACUAAUGCAAGACACAUCAAGACUGGACUAAAUGCACUUCAGCUGAGUUACUAGAAAAACCCAGAGCUACUGGAAAUGGAAUAACUUAGUGUUAAUACAAACACUAGGGUAAAUGAACAAGACACACUCUCUACAGCUUAUGUGGACAUCGGUUUGUAUGUUUAUAAAGUAAUAGUGCUGUUGACUGGUAAAGACAACUGGGCUUAGGAAUUGUAGUUUACCUUCAAGGGAAAUGUAGUUCUCUUUCGGAGGAAUUUGAAGUUUAUUUUUGCAAAAUAUGUGCAUUCAAUUUGGAUUUUCUUUUAAAAGUUUCUAAAUGUGGAAUCUUUAGUCCCCUGCUUCAUGAUAAAACAAGAAGUCUCACGGUUGAAACAAAAGAUAAGUAACACUUUUAAAGUCAUCUGUUUUAUGCAAUAAUGCUGUGCUCCUGACUUAUUUUAUUUUUUUAAAUCCUGGCUUCCACUGUAGAUAACUUUUAAUUAGCAAGUUGAAACUAAUGGUUGGUUUCACAGAUCCCGAUUAGCCAUAAAAGUGUUCUUCCUAGUGCUACCUUAGGUAAGCUUGUCCAACAUUAGUAUUAUUCAAUGUCUGUAAAACCAGCCAGAUGUUUUAUAGGUAAACAUUUGGCAUUGUUGAUCUCUUUCCAAAAUAUAACAUGCUGAAGAAAAAAACAUUGCAUAGAAAUGCUUAGUUUUAGACCCCAGGCUUUAAAUGUUGGUCACCAUGUGUUUUUUUUAUAUAUUUUUUUUAAAUGACAUGCAGGUUUCCAAAAACAGAAGAACAAAUGUGUAAUACAUUUAGAUUAUUAUUUUUUUAAGCAAGCCAAUUUAUUUGCACUGUUUUGUAUUGAAAAGUCAAGCUUUUAUGUUUGCUACAGUAUGUCAGUCAACAGCAGCAUGGUAAAUCCUGAAGGAUUGUCUUUUAAUUGUGUCUGUCUGUCUGUGGACAUUGUAACUAAUGAGCCAAAGCAGCCUGUUUAGUUGAAUGAUGGUUUCUGUAUUAUCAACUGCACUUCUGUAUGGUGCAUUUAAGUUAUAAUUUUGUAGUUUUUAUUUUGUAUUUAUUCCUGUGAUUUAAAAAAAAAAAAAAAAAAAAAAAAAAAAAAAAAAAAAAAAAUGGCCACUGGGGGUUUGGGCUGGUCAGUCUGUAAACAAAACACACCAAACUGUGCUCUUAUGAUACAAGUGUUCCUUUUUCAAGUAUCCUUUACUCUGAUGCAGAGAUGCUCGUCACAGGUUAGUAAAUCGCCCUUUUUUCUUUUUAUUGUUCUUGCAUUUUAAUCAUGAUAUUUACCUGAACUUCAAUUGAUUUGGAAUUUUUAAAUUUAAAUAUUGCUUCAUAAAAGGAAAUGGCAUUUGUUUGCUGGCUUGUUUGUUUAAGCAGUACAGUAUUGCAAAAUGUGUUACAAUUAAGGGGUAGGUGAUGAAAUUGUUUCAUUUUGCACAUAUUGGUGUUCAAAUGAGCUUUUUAAAAUGCAGCUUGUCCUUAACUAUUUUAUUUUAUUCUUAUCCAUAGCUGAUGUACACAAUUUCAAUAUAAUAAAGGCACAUGUAGAUCAGAUGAUUACAAAUUGAAACUUUGAGAGUCCAGGACAACUGUCCCAAUUUGAGAGAACUUUAUUCCUUGCAGCACAGUAUAUCAGUGGGAAUCAUUCUGUUUAGAUCAUUUCUUACAUGAAUCUUAUAUGUACCUUUUUGGUUCUUGUGCCUUUCUAUUUAAGUUGAUCAGGAAUUAUACAUCCUUAAUUCAGAAGAACUAGAAGAAAAAAACAUACAUCUACAGUCUGCUUCAUUUGUUGUGUCACUGAUUUCCUUUUUAAUAAAAGCAGUUUACCGCUGUUUAGCUACUAUUAAUGUUGACUGCUGUUGUACAUACUGUAUGUGUAAUAGGGAAAUCUAUUUAUUAUGUUUGUAUAAUUCAUUCUGUACUGUUUUCAAAUCAAGGUUGCAAUUUGUAAUUUACACUUACAUGUUUAAAGGCCACGCUUUGAAUACAAUUAUAGAACUUAGUAUUUUAUUGUACUAAGACCUAUUUUGAGUUACCUAAAUAUUUUUGCCUUUGCUAAAAUUAAAGUAUUAAGAAAAUG